AUGAGCAGCGGCAGCAACAACAACAACAACAACAGCAACAGCAACAACAACAAGGCAGGAAGCGGCGGCGGGGGGGCGGCGGCGGCGGCGGCGGCCAUGAUGGUGCCUUCCUCCUCGGCGGGGCCCGCCCGCUCACCGGAGCGGCUGGUGGCAGCGCAGAAGUGGCUGCUGCAGUGCGAUGCCGUGUUGAACACGUGCGCGGUGCCCAUCAGCGCGACGACCGCCGUUCAGACCCGUCGCCGCGUGGCGGGUGAGGGCGCCGCGCAAAUUUUGAAGCUCUUGGGGGAGCUUCGGGCGGCGCUCGGCGACUCCGCAGAGGCGGCCUCACCCGCCGCCGCGAAAUCCGUGGGUGGGGCGGAGAACAACAACAACAAUAACGGUGGCGGCGGCUAUCAGUUGGAGAAGGGUGCGGAUGCCCUAUUGGCGAGUGCGAUGGCGGAGGGGCGCGGCGACGUCUUUCGCGCGGAGUGCGGGUUGGAGGUGGGGGGCGAUGAACUGCGGCUCCCCGACGGCGAUGCGCUGUCCACGGCGACGCCGACGGUGCCGGCGACGGCGACGGCGGAGGUGGUAAGCCGUCGCCUGCAGCCCCUGCAGCGCGCCCUCGCGAGCACGAAGGAACUGCGACAGAUCCAGCAGUACUCCCAGCUCCUCGCUGCGGCGGGGAAGGGGGAUGCUUUGGCGGAGGCUGUGCCGACGCUCGUGAAGGGGCUGCAGGCCGCCUUAGAGGAGAGUCUACGCAUCCUUGAGCACGGCUACGCCACCUGCGCCCGCUCCACCGAUGACAUUACGGCCUGGGGGGAGUGGACGCAACCGCUGCUGCGGCUGCUUGGAAACACGCUGCGGGUGGCCCCGCUGGAGCGCGCGACGGAGGAGCCCCAGGAGCGCCUUCGCCGCGCCGCGUUUGACGUGAAGGAGAAGCAGCGGGAGCAGGAGGACGCCGUCACGGACGGGGACAUGGUGCGCUCCGAGCACCUGUACUUUGAGGCGACCGCGUUACUGGAGGGAAUGCGGCCGCUCUACGACAAACUGGAGCAGGUGAUUGAGGCGUACAAGAAGGAGGCGGCGGAGGGGCCGCUGCAGCAGCUGCGGACGCAGUCCACCGAACUCACCUCCAACCUCGCCCCGGCGAUGAUCGCGAGGGAGGAGCAUCUGAAGCGGCGCUGCACCGCCGACAUAGAGCGACUGGCGGACCGGCGGGAGGCGGUGCGGUCGGCCCGCAACGCGCAGCGGGCGAGCUUCAGUGUUCAGAUGGUCGAGUGGGAUAAGCUGUUUCAGCUGAACCGGCAGCAGCAGGACGCGUGUCUGCAGGCCAUUGAGGAGCUUGAGCAGCGCCUGCGCCAGCUCACGGAGGAGCGCACGUUUCUCGUUGAGGACCGCCUGGAGGCGAUGACGCAGGAGCGGCAGCGCGAGGAGGACGCGGUGGCGUUUAUGGCCUUUGCGGACAGGCAGGAGGACGUCCUGCGGAGGACGCUGCUGUACGUUGAGCAGAGCCUGCACUGCGCCCACGGCAUCAGUGAGGCGGUGCGGUCGGGCUACAGGCACCUCAACCGCCACCUGCAGGACGUGGUGCUGCAAGGCGCGGAGACGCGGCUGCUGGAGGUGCGCAAGGAGCGGCUGGAGCACUUCCGCAGCCUCUACCUCACCCUGGGCGAGCUGCAGUUCAAGAAGGAGCGGCACGUGGAGGAGCUAAACAAGCGGAUUGAGUACUACCACGUCCAGCAGGAGCUGGCGAUGGACACGUUUAACCCCAAGGCGAGGGAGUUCAGCAAGGCGAAGAAGGACCUGCUGGAGGUGAAGGAGAAGAUGGAGCAGCAGGUGCAGCUCAUCUCCCAAAAGGCGGCGCAGCAGCUGGAGGACUUCAAGCCGACGGAGAAGCUGCUGCUGGCGUCGGGGGUGCAGUUCCGUCACCCUGUGGAAGACCUCGCGGAGAUGAACGCGCUGCGGACGCAGAAGCUCCUCGAGUACCACUCACUCAUGUCAACCAUGAAGGCCGAGGGCGGCGACAGCUCCGGCGACAGCUCCGGCGACAGCAAGGAUGCGAAGGGCGGCGGGGCCUGCGCCAAGCCCGCCCACCGCCUCUCCACCGCGGAGGAGCAGGCGAGGAAGUAG